AGCUGUGAGGACAGCUGGUCACAAGUGGCUGGAGUCCCAGUGGUCGGGGCUGACGUGGAGCAGCACGGACACGGACGGCACCUCCGCCGUCUGCUUCUGCAUGGCCGUCCGCUGUGGCUACCUCAAGCAGGUGCAGGGCAUGCUGGACGAGCGGCCGGCGCUGAUAGGUAUCAUCAACUCCAACAAUGGGUUCACACCGCUCGCCACCGCUGUCAGGAAAGGAGAAAUAAACACAGUUCGGUUCCUGUUGAGCGCGGGUGCAGAAGUCGAGCAGCGCUCGACUACGGGCCAAUCAGCGCUGCACAUCGCGGUGCUCAAUGCGAACAUCCCCAUCGUGCAGCUGUUGUUGGAACAAGGAGCGGAUUUCGAGGGGCGAGACCCGAACGGUCUCCGCGUGGAGCACUACGCGGUGGACUCGUGCAGCCUGGACAUGCUGCGCUACAUACUGGACAAGGGGGGCGACGUACACGCCGAGGACAACAACGGAUGGACGCCGCUCUUCAGAGCCUUGUGCCAGAGCGCGGCCACGGACGUGGUCGAGGAGCUGGUGGUGCGCGGCAGCUCGCUGGAGCAGGCCGACCGCGCCGGCCUGCCGCUCACGUCCGCCGCGCGGCUACUGCGCGACCGGCACGGACGCAGUCGCGACUCUGUGCUGAGACUGGUGGACUCCAGCUACCCGCACGAGAAGGCGCUGGCUAACUUCACGCGCCUCACCAAGAAGAUCUACAACGUGCACUCACUGCUCAAGCUGCCCAGCCCGCGGAACAAGAACUAAUGCUACUGGUCGAGUGCCCAGCUAACACAAACAAUAGUAACGAGAGCUCUGAACUGUGGACAUUACCUUCGUCUCAGAGUGAGAGUAAAAUAAUUUGAUAAAGUUCAAUUACAUUAUAAAAGCUAUCUAGAAAUAAAACUAGCAUAAAAUAUAA